CCGGUGCGGAAUCGCUCCUGCAACUCCGCGGGGCAGGAGGAGUUAGUUAGCAAAGCGCGGAGGCUGGUCGGGAGACCCUGGUCCUUCUGCCCUUGGCCGCACACUUUGCUUGCGCACAUCUCUUUUCUGCAUGGUGGAUAUUAUUUUUCAUUAUCCUUUUCUGGGUGCUAUGGGGGAUCAUUCCAAGAAGAAGCCCGGAACGGCCAUGUGCGUGGGCUGCGGGAGUCAGAUCCACGACCAGUUUAUCCUGCGGGUGUCGCCGGACCUCGAGUGGCACGCCGCCUGCCUCAAGUGCACCGAGUGUAGCCAGUAUCUGGACGAGACGUGCACGUGCUUCGUGAGAGACGGGAAGACCUACUGCAAGCGGGACUACGUCAGGCUUUUCGGCAUCAAGUGCGCCAAGUGCCAGGUGGGCUUCAGCAGCAGCGACUUGGUGAUGCGGGCGCGGGACAGCGUGUACCACAUCGAGUGCUUCCGCUGCUCGGUGUGCAGCCGCCAGCUGCUGCCCGGGGACGAGUUCUCGCUGCGGGAACACGAGCUGCUCUGCCGAACCGACCACGGCCUCCUGCUGGAGCGCGCUGCAUCUGGCAGCCCGCGCAGCCCCGGCCAGCUCCCCGGGGCCCGCGGCCUGCAUCUGCCAGACCCGGGGUCGGCCCGGCAGCCCUCGCUGCGCCCGCACGUGCACAAGCAGCCGGAGAAGACGACCCGUGUGCGGACGGUUCUCAACGAGAAGCAGCUGCACACUCUCCGGACCUGCUACGCCGCCAACCCGCGGCCUGACGCGCUCAUGAAGGAGCAGCUGGUGGAGAUGACCGGCCUGAGCCCGCGGGUCAUCCGCGUCUGGUUCCAGAACAAGCGCUGCAAGGAUAAGAAGAAAUCUAUUCUAAUGAAGCAGCUGCAGCAGCAGCAGCACAACGACAAGACGAGCCUCCAGGGACUGACCGGGACGCCCCUGGUGGCCGGCAGCCCCAUCCGCCAUGAGAGCGCCGUACAGGGCAGCGCCGUCGAGGUACAGACGUACCAGCCGCCGUGGAAAGCGCUCAGCGAGUUCGCCCUUCAGAGUGACCUGGACCAACCUGCCUUCCAGCAGCUGGUCUCCUUCUCCGAGUCUGGCUCCCUAGGCAACUCCUCCGGCAGCGACGUGACCUCCCUGUCCUCGCAGCUCCCGGACACCCCCAACAGUAUGGUGCCGAGUCCAGUGGAGACGUGAGGGGACCCUUUCCUGCCAGCCCGCGGACCUCGCAUGCUCCCUGCAUGAGACUCACCCAUGCUCAGGCCAUUCCAGCUUGGAAAACUCUCUCGCUUGUGUAGUUACCAUUAUUGUUAUUUAACGAGAGAGGAUCCAGAGACGGUCAGGACAGUCCAAAGCACCAGGACGCAAGCUGCUUUCACCAGACUUGAGACCCCGGCUCCGAGGACUUUUAGUUUCUCAGAAUUUGAGACUUAGGAGGGUUAGCUCUGCCCUCCGGCCACGGCGGCUCCGCCUCUCCACGCCCCACGCACGUACCUGGCGUGAACCCGCGGGGCCCGCACCGCACUGGGCUCUCCCCGAGCUCGCCCACGCGGGCUCCUGCCCUGACCCUGCCCCGCGUUCCAGGCGGAAAACAAGGGGACAGCCUAAAGGAACGGACUCAACCCCCCAAAGCGCAUGAUUGCUGGAAAAAAGUAGAAACGAGACUUUCGUUGAAAAUGUUUUAAAUUAUCAUUCGACGGAGGACAGUGUGUGAGCCUUUGCCGAACAAACGUAAGUUAUUGUUAAUUUAUUGUGAGGACAGCCAGUUCAUAGUGGGACGAAUAUUUUGGUCUUAAUAAAAAAUAAUAA